UUGUACGCAGCAGCCGUUACUCUCAUUCACCGGCGGUGGCUAAUACUACGUUUGUCGGUACCGGUUACAAACGCGGUCGGCGGUGAACGACGCGUUAACGUGCCGGAAGAAAGGAACCCGCAGACGGAUUCGGUGGUUCUGCGUUCACAGCCGAACUAACGGGAGGCGAUAUUCGGUUUGAAAACGGACCCGCUGACGCUGGUUCGCCUUCAUUGUUCACCGUGAAGUUUGCUGGAAGUGAUGUAAUGUGGCCCCGGUGCGUUCUGUGAGGAGCGAGCACUGCGCCGGACUCCGUUUAAAAAACGGCCUCUUUAACGUUGCUCGUCGGCAACUGUUCGUCUGUCCGGAGUGUUCCCAGUAUCACCCAGUCUCCUGGCGGCUCUCCUGGCAGCCCUGCAGAGUGGCUGCAUUGAGCAGGCACUGAGCCAGGCUGGCGAAUUAGAGAUCCUCAGUCUCUGACCUGUGACCCGUGACCUUUGACCCGUGACCCGCUCUUCCGACUGGUUGGCGUUGGGACCUCAGCCGUCGGUUCUGGCUGCAGUGAGGCCGGGUGGCGUUGAUGAGGAGGAGGUGCCGUCACGGCUCAGCCGCACGUGUCGGCGCGUGAAAGGAGGGAAAAGGUCGUCUCACCUGCAGCGGGUGCAGCACAUGCAGACAGAGCGGCGCGAGUCCUUGAAAGUCAUGGAUCAUAAAGCAGAGAACCUUUGGAAUUCUUUGAAAUUCUCGGCGUAAAGAAUAUUCCUUGAAAUACAGAACAAAAAAACUAAGAAGCCUAUUAUUCACUGGAAUAAUGAACUACAGGAUCCUUAAAUACACAACCUGUGGAACGUAAAAUUGUAAACAUUUAACCGCUGAAAUUUCACAAGAUAUAGUGGAUUUAUGAUCUUCUGAAUUCUCACAAAGGACAUAAAACUUUUGGAGCUGCUUGAGCUCAAUCCUGGGAUACAAAACUCCUGGAUAUCCAGGAGAAUCUAUUUCUAUUCUUUCACUUCAUUUUAAAUUUUGGAGAGGAGUUACUUUUUCCUGCUCUGUCCAUCCUGCUUGGAGUUUUCAUCGCAGUUUUAUUUUCAUCCUCCUCUCGGUCGGAGGAAAUGGCUCUGUCUGCUUCGCUUCGAGAACGGACGACGGGAAGUUGAUCCCUGCAGGGAGCGAGGCCGAGAGACAAACGAGAGAGAGAGAGAAGAAUAUGUCGUGGAAGAGGAACUACUUUGCCUCAGGCGGCGGUGGCGGUGGCAGUGGGGUGGAUGGUGGGGUGCAGGGAAUCUUGACGCCUCGCACCAUGACGUCCAUCGCUCCCAGUAAAGGGCUGAGCAACGAGCCAGGACAGAACAGCUGCUUCCUGAACAGCGCCCUGCAGGUCCUGUGGCACCUUGAUAUCUUCCGUCGUAGUUUCCGUCAGCUGACCACUCAUAAGUGUAUGGAGGACUCGUGCAUUUUCUGCGCUCUGAAGAGUAUCUUCGCUCAGUUUCAGUACAGCAGUGAGAAAGUUUUACCGUCCGACGCUCUUCGCAGUGCGCUGGCCAAAACCUUCCAGGACGAGCAGAGGUUUCAGCUCGGCAUCAUGGAUGACGCUGCGGAGUGCUUCGAAAACAUCCUGAUGAGGAUUCACUUCCACAUUGCAGAUGAGACCAAAGAAGACAUCUGCACAGCCAGACACUGCAUCCCCCACCAGAAAUUUGCCAUGACGCUCUUCGAACAGUGUGUGUGCAGCAGCUGUGGAGCGUCCUCAGACCCUCUGCCCUUCAUUCAGAUGGUCCACUACAUCUCCACCACCUCCCUGUGCAAUCAGGCGGUAAAGAUGUUGGAGUCGAGGGAGAAGGCGACUCCUGGCAUGUUUGGCGAGCUGCUGCGAAACGCCAGCAUGGGAGACCUCCGCAACUGUCCUAGUCAGUGUGGUCAGCAGCUCAGGAUGGCUCGUGUCCUCCUCAACAGUCCGGAGAUAAUCACCAUCGGUCUGGUUUGGGACUCUGAUCACUCAGACCUGGCUGAGGACGUCAUUCACACCCUGGGAACCUGCCUGCGUCUGGGUGAUUUGUUUUACAGGGUGACGGAGGAGAAGGCCCGUCAGUCGGAGCUCUAUCUGGUCGGCAUGGUGUGUUACUACGGGAAACAUUACUCCACCUUCUUCUUCCAGACAAAGAUCCGACGAUGGAUGUACUUCGAUGAUGCACAUGUCAAGGAGAUCGGUCCCAAGUGGAAGGACGUGGUUUCUCGCUGCAUCAAGGGCCACUACCAGCCUCUGCUGCUGCUGUACGCCGACCCCCGGGGGACGCCAGUGUCAGUGCAGGACCUGCCCUCACGCCUCGACCUCCACACCCUCAACAAGGCCUGUUACGACAGCGAAGACUCGGGCCGCGAGCCGUCAAUCUCCAGCGACACUCGCACCGAUUCGUCGACGGAGAGCUACUCGUACCGACAGCCCUCCCACUCUCACCAUGAAUCCCUGGCCAGUCACUACUCCUCUGACUCCCAGGGAACCGUCAUCUGCAUCGAACGCUCAGACGGACCCCUGCACACCUCGCUCUGCAGCCUGGAUACCAUAGGCCACGUGACGGACAGUGAGCAGCACCAAUCUCAGAGGAAGGGAGGCGGGGCCGGGGAUAGGAGGCGGAGCUCUAGCCGCCCCCGGCGAUCUAAACCCGACAACGAAGCCUCGUCAGCCGGGUACCACAGCGAGGGAGAGACGUUGAAGGAGCAGCAGGUUCCUCGUCACCUCCCCAAACCUUCUUCAUCCUUCUCAUCCUCAACCAGUCGCCUCCGAGACUUCAAGGAGACCAUGAGCAACAUCCUGCACAGCCGAACCCUCUCCUCCUCUUCCUCCACCUCUUUACCGGCCGCCGUUCUCUCAUCUGAAAUCGCCUCCUCCACCAACAGCCGUCACCACCCUACCACCACCUCCGCUCCCUGCUCCUCCGUCAAUAAACCCCACGACUGGGAGGCUGACAGCACCAGCAGCGAGUCCAAGUCCAGCUCCUCUGGAGGAACAGGGUCAGCGAGGUACCGGCCAGCAUGGAAGCCCCGGAGGGAGGCGCUCAACAUUGACAGCAUCUUCAACCGUGAGAGGCGAAGGCAGGCAGGAUACAGCCCGCUCGGAGCCUCCCUGCCCGACGACUGCGGAGCUCCAGCCUCCGAGGGAGCGGACGCCUCCUUUCCGGGCCCGCAGGAGGAGAUGUCUGUCAGGCCGGGCUCUUCCUGGACUCUCCCCUCCACCUCCAGCAGCCACAGAGGAGAUGGAGCCGGACCCGGAGGUGGAAGUGCCGGAGGUGCGGAGCUGCCUCCACCUCCUCCUCCCCCUCCCAGGCUGAUCCAGAGGAUGGAGAGCGGAUACGAGAGCAGCGAGAGGAACAGCAGCAGCCCGGUCAGCCUGGACCUGAACCUGGGAGACAGGGAGUGUGGAGUGAAGAAGCCUUCAAUUUCCUCCUCUUCCUUAGGGCCGUCAUGGAGGAACAUCAGGUCAAAGAGCAGUGGCGCUCUGCUGCAGGAGGUCAGCUCUUCCAGUAGGGGGAGCCUUGCGCCCCCCGCAGGCCGCAGCGAGCUGGAUGAGCUGCAGGAGGAGGUGCUGAGGAGAGCGAUGGAGGAGGAGCAGCAGAGACGACAGGAGAAGGAGAGGGAGGCGGCGCUCGGCUUCAACCCAAGACCCAGCAAGUACAUGGACCUGGACCAGCUGCAGAUCCAAGGUAAAGGCGACAGCUUCGAGCGGUGUGUGUCGGAGGCGGAGCUCCUGCUGGACCAGUCGGUGCGUCUGGAGCAGGCGGGCGAGGUCGCUGCCGCGCUGUCGGCUGUCAACGAAGCCGUCUCCAAACUGCGGCCGGCGGCGGCCGAGGGCGGAGCUAGUAGUCACAGCCGGCUGCAGCGCUGCACGAGGAGAGCCCGCAGCCUGCAGCAGCGCAUGCAACUGCAGCAGCAGCAGCAGCAGCAGCAGCAGCAGCAGCAGGACUCAGAGGCAGUCAGACAGCAACCGCAGCAGCCAGAGCAACAACAGGAGGAGGGGCAGCAGCUCCAGGAACAGCCCAGUGAAAAGCCUCUCUCGGUCCAAAUACUUCUGACGAACAGACAGGGCGACCAAUCAGCCGCCGGUCAGGACCAGCAGGCCCUGCCUGUCCCUCCCUGCCUUGUUAAGCCCCUUCCCCCCCGGACAGACCCCGCCUCCAGCCCCGAGGUCCCUACAGGUUCUCCCAGGGAGGACAGCCGGACUGGGGGCCCCUGCCCUCGCACUGGGAAACCCCUCUCGAACACUGGGUCCCUCCCUGCUCUGUGUGUGGACACCUGGGAGCAGAGUCCUUUGGAAAAUUUGGCUCCACCCCCUCCACCUGAGGAGGCGGACCGCUCCACCCAGUGGACAAGAAACCCCCCUCUCCCCAUCUCACCACAAGCCCCGCCCCCACCCAGGCCAUACUCCCGAACCCCGUCACCUGUCAGCGCCGACGACAGGUGUCAUCUGAUGAUGGAGGAGGAGCCAUAUUACGUCAGACAGCCACAGAACACACCCCCUACGCCCAGCCCCACUUCCAGACUAGCCCCGCCCCCUCCCACCUGUCCAACCAGAAACUGGUCCUGCUUGCAACUGGACCUCCCUGAUGUUGUUGACUCUCCUGAUCUACCAACCUACACACCCCCAGACUCACCCUCCAGUGCCCCCCCUCCACCUGUGAGCCGGCCUGGUCGGAUCUCCUCCCCGCCCCCCAGCCAGGACUAUAGAGCAGCGCUGCCUGUGGAGCGCUGGGCAGAGAACGUCAACAGAUACUACGGUUCCCAGAGUGCAGUGGGAGGAGGAGGAGGAGCGGGAGCCGGAGGGGGGGCGGCGGUGCCUGGAGAGGAGCUGUCGGAGCUGGAUUCGCUCUACCAGGCCAGUCUGCUGGCUCCCAGCGUGCACCGGGGCAACCACGGAGUCAGUCCUCAGCCAACUGGCAACAAACCAGGUGUGAGGAGAAUGCUGUCAGGAUCUGGAAGGUCCAAAACCCCAACGGCGGAGCUAGAGAGAUAUGCCUACAGAACACCGGUUACACCUCUGCAUAAGCUGCCGUCAGGUGAAGACGAGAGCUACAGCGCAGAAAACCUGCGACGCAUCGCCCGCAGCCUGAGCGGAACCGUCAUCGGGUCACGACCCCAAAACCUCGGCCUCUCUCGCAGCUGUGACCCCUCUGUGUCCAGGCCCCCCCUCAGACACGCCGACCUUCACGCCUCCUCAUCCUCCUCCCUCCUUCGUCGCCCCAGCACCUCCUCCCUGCACCUCCCCUCUGCCUCCUCCUUCACUACAGAUCCCUCCUACCACCACCUCCAACACCACCAACCCCGACACCACGGCCCCUCAGCUCCUGCACCUCCUCCACAGCACCCCCCCUUGCAGACAUCAUGGCCCCGCAGCUCGGGCCUCUCCUCCUGGGGACGCACAGGAGCUGGACCGAGUGUCCAGCAGCAGUUUCUGGUUGUGUCUGACAGGCAUCAAGCUCUCUCAGGUCAAGGCCUCCACAGCGUCGCGCUGAGUUACGGCACUCUGCCCCGGGCUCCCCGCCGAGGCCCGACUCCCUCCUCCACGCUCCCCAGGCCCAGAACUGACUCCAGCCCCGCCCCCCCACCUGGUCCUCAGAGUCUCUACGCCACCCUGUCCCACCCUCGUCGCUCUGCCAACACCUCCACCGCGACUAACGGUCACCUCCGGCAACCGCUGCUGCCCAGUAAAGUCAACGGGUCUGCCCACUGCGCUCCACACCACCUCAGGGUGCCGGGGGAAGCCCCUGUCCAGCCUCUCCGCCUGGACGUCCCGCCUGAGAGUGACUGGCGCCGCGACGCUGACUACAGGACUGUCCAACGCAGCUCCUCCUGGGACCUCCGCACCUCUCGCCAGCAGCCUCCCCCGCCCCGGCCCCACAGAGACCUCCAGCUCUGCUCCCUCUGCCAGCAGCUUCCUGCUGAGCCGUCGCGCCCCUACUGCUCGUCCUGCGGAGCUUACGUGGCUCGGUUCCGCCCGGCCAGCUGAUCCUACUGCAGACGCCACAACAGAAGAGUCUUAUUACAGAUGUCACAUAUCCAUCAUGACAUGCGGUAUGAAACCUUGUGGUGAGGAUCCAGCCUGAUGGAAAAGUGAAGUUUGCUUUUUUUGUAUUUAAAUUGUGCCAACCUUUCCUUAAACUGAACGCUGCCCAUCGUUCUUUGGGGCUGUUGGUGGAUUUGUCAUUUUGUCGUAAGACUCUCUGAUUUGCCUCGAGGUCUGCAGCAUCACCUGGGGAGACACACGGGAUCGUCUUUCAGAAAUCUCUCUAAUCAAAGAAAUCACUUUAAGAAUCUUUGCGGUUCUGGGGGAGGAUUUUUCACAACAGUCAGAUUUUCAGUAUCAUUUCCUUCUCUCUUGCUUCACAACACACAUUCAUGUUUUUGUCAGAACCCGUCUCGCCUGGUCCUCCCCCAUCCCGACAACCACCAUAAGGCCCCAGACAGAUCUCCUACCUACAGUAUAUGUCUAUGAAUGUCUGCCGAAUUUAAGCACAUUUAGAUUUCUAAUCCAGAUGAAGCGCCGUGGACGGACGGACUGAAAAGACCGGUUUGUGAUGGACAGCAGGUCGGUGUGAUCAUCCAUACGGAGGCUGCUGCUAACCUGCUGUCUGUUGAACUGCAAACACGUGAACAUGCUGGUUAUGUUGAUAGUGGUGGAUAGAGACUCAUAACUGGAGCUUCCUACUGGUUUGGUGACUGGAGAUGAGUCAGUUUUUCACGGGAUAAAACAAAUAAGAGCAGUAAAGUCGUAGAGCUGAAAAAUGAGCUGCGGUGAUUAAUCGAUGGAAAGAAAAUUAAUCGGCAACUGGUCUGAUCGAUUCAUCACUUCAGUCAUUUUUCAAGCAAAAAUGCCAAAAACAUCCCCUGGCUCCAGGAUCCUACAUGUGAGAAAUUUCUGUUUUCAUGGUCUUAGAUCAAAGUAAACUGAAUCUCUUUGGGUUUUGGACCACGGGUCAGACAAAGAGCAGGAAUUCAAACUGGGAAGCUUCUCCCCUUCCUUCCGUGUUUCAGCUCAAACAGCAGCAUUUAAACAGCGUUGGCACAGCAAUGAUUCUGUCCCAGGCUUUUUGAUCCACACAAGCCUCGUCUUUGUCAAAGUAAAAGUCAGGAGAAAUCGCUGCUUCUAGCCCGUCAGAAAAUAUCAACAAAUGUCCGUUGGUUUUCCAGAGCCCGGAUGAUUUUAUCUGAGCAACGGAACGUGGUCCAGAGCCAAGGGGUUCGGUUUACUGUCGUCAAGGCCUGAGAAAAAUCCGAGACUUUUUUUUACCAGCCAAACCAACAAAUCAUCCAAAGAUACAUUUUGAAACGUCUAUGGUUUGUCCACAGGAGGGUAGUGACAGAUUAAUUUUUACUCUGAAAUGGGUUGUUGAAAGAAAAUUAUCUUUUGGCCACUUUGAAAUAUGAAUGUCGGUAUCUGCCCGAAAAUCCUGCAUCGCUCCAGCUGUCGUAAAAAUGACGGAAGUGAUCAAGCUGCGGAUGAACUUUCCAUCGACUGACUGUGACGGUGAUGGAGAAGCAGCUGCAUCUUCAGGGCGCUGAGAGGAGGAGAAUGAGCGGCCUGGCGCGGUUUCAGGUGACGGUCGAUGUGUUUUUGUUCUGCAGCUGAACAGACGGCAGGUUCCUGAGGGCGGCUGAAUCCUCACAACUGCACACAUCUGCACGGGAAAAUGAGGACACGAGACGCCUCCGAAGGACAGGAAAUACAAAAGGAGCUUUUGGAGAAGAGAGUUCCUUCCUCCAGACACUGAUUAAAAAUCUACUCGACUUAUUCCUCUUAUUUAUUUUUGUAGGCUUGUCAGACUGAGUUGUGCAUAGAUUAACUGAACUGUUCUACCUGCCUAACCUGAGUAUACUCUACUAUAGACCUGAUCUAAUUUUAUAAAGUGAGCUAGUCGCCUUGUUUGGGAUGUCCAGCCUUCUUAUACUGCACACGGGCUGAUUUCUGUCAUUUCAGAGCCUGUUAGAGGAUUUUAGAAGAAUAACUAAAGCUUUUAUUUUGACAGAGUAGCAGCUAAUAUUUAGCAUGAUGUUUUCAACGUAUUAUAGCCUUGAGAGGAUCGCUCCAUUCGGUGUAACUUUAUUCUACUGAAGAUAUAUGCAGAUCUAUUUUAGUGCAGCGACUCGACUGCAUCUAACUCGGAUUUAGUGAACUUCACAGGUGUUGAAGGUAGAUUUCUUCCUUUUGCUUGUUGCUGGUUUCGUUCGCCAUCUCUCCCGUCGUUCAGGGGGGAGCUUCUCUGGUGUUCCUACCCGGACCACGUUAGACCGGUUCGGUAGAUCCUGAAGGGACGCCUUCGCGUCGAGAAUGCUGUUCGUGAACGGACUGAAAGACCUCUGUCCUGAUGCCAAGAAUCCAGGGGCAUUCUGGUAGAAGUGCUGACCCCGCCCACCCGGUGCUCCGGGUGAGCUAAAACAAACAAACCCAAGUCUGGUCUGAAGUCUGGAAGACACAUUAAAUAUUGAUUCUGAAUUAUUUCACCCACCAUUUUCCUGCAGAUUGUCAAAGAUGUUGAUCAUUACGGUGACAAGUUUUUCAUUUAAAGUGCAAAGGAGCUAAAUACGAUAUAAUUUUGUCCUGAUUCAUUGAUUGAUUGAUUGAUUCCUUUAAACAUCUCCGCUGUUGCACCCUGAUACACACUCUGCUCUGCUGUUUGAUUGACAGGAUUUCAUUUUUUCAGAAUAAAAGAUGUAUUUCAGACCAGACCUGAGUUGAUAAUAGUAACAAUGCAACACAAAGUGUCAGUAAUUCAAAUGAAGAGAAGUUAUUUUUUCAUCAUGUCACGGUUCUUUUUUUCUUUUUUUCUUUUUUUUUGCUCUUUGCUUCACCAGAUUUUAUUUUGUUGAUUUUUGGUAUAUUUUUGAUGCUUAUUUUUCUACACUGUAGACUUAACAGAGAUAAGAUGAUUAAAGUGUUUAUGGAAAUGUUUAGAGUGUCUUUUAGAUGAUUAUUUUAGUAGGAAAUCAUCACAUUUCCUGUUGAAGCUGCUCACCUGCUGUGUCGUCCUUUAACUUCGCUACAGCUUUGACUUUUUCUGUCAGAAUUUCUGGCCCUAAAUCAACUCCAUACAUCUGUUGGUUUUUCCUGAUGCACUAAUUAUGCAUCAGAAAUGUUUGAGUUUAAAGAUAAAUGAAACGGGUGUGAUGGAUUAGGUGUCUGAUGACAGACUGAGACAGAAAUUAAAACCAGAGAGAGAAAGUAUAACAGAGAAACGUCACGAAUCGCUGGUCAAAUUUAAAAAAAAAAAAAAAAAAAAAAAAAAAUCCAGUUGAAUUCUUCGGUUUGUGUUUUGUUUCCCACACAGCAGCUGAGCAGAGCGUUGGUCUGUGUUCGGAUGCAGAGACUCUGACGUUCGAGAUGUUCACUUUUCUUUUCCUGCAUAGACUUUUUCCCAGCAGACAUUUGGACUUGUCGUAGCAGGAAAAUCACAGGUGAAACUAAUUAGGCCAUGACAGUGACCCAGGCUGCACAAGGCCAGGACCCUGUGCUGUCCCGCUGUGAUGAACCGAUACGUCUGCUGUGAAGAUGAUCUGUUUCCGUCUCUGCAGCCUUUUGUGUUUUCAUGCUGUGCCGACAGAAAGAUUCUGUAUUUUUGCAAUAAAGUCGUCAGCACUCGGACGAGGAGCAG